AUGACGUGUACACGCUCAGACAUAGCAUAUGCGGUUGGUGUUGUCAGCCGGUAUCUUGACAAUCUCGGCAAAGAGCAUUGGGCAGCUGUGAAAUGGAUACUGCGGUUACUAAGAGGCUCAUUCAGGGGGAGCGAUUUCUUAACAAAGCAAGCUACAGAAGGUCGUAGCAUUGUCAACGAUAGAGGCCAAGUCCCUAAUGAGGUCUCUGCUGCUGCGGGGGAGGUCCCGGAGGCUGGUGCUGCAAUCCCUGCUGUUGCUUUGGGGGCUAUCACAGAGGCUGAUAUGGUGCCCUCAGCUGUUGAUGCUGUGGUGACUAUCGCGGGGGUGGAUGCGGUGCCCUUAGCGGCUGCUGCUGCGAAUGGGGACACUUAUGCACGCGAUGUCCUGUUCUACCGCAUCCAAAGCAGAUACCUGGGAACGGUCUCGAAGGUGGUGCUGGGGGUGCCACUGGUGCUCAGAAUGCUGGGCGAGUGUGCGUCGCUGCUGUGA